AUUAAAUAUUCUGACAUCAUUGGGGCAUAUGUUGAAAAAAACAGCAUGUGAGGAGAUAGUGUCAAAAGGUUUGAGAAAGUGAAAGUUUAAACGAAAUUAAAAACAACAUUAAAAAGAUAGCAAUUUUUUUAUUAAAAUGGGCUGGUGUGUUGUUGUUGGUUGUAGUAAUAAUACUUUUACAAAAAAUAGAGAAAAAAAUAUCAGUUUUUUUCGUUUUCCGUCAAAUAUUACCUUGAAAAAGAAAUGGUUAGCUAACAUUAAAAGAGAAAACCCACCUAAAGAGGCGAAGAUUUGUCAUCAGCAUUUUGAGAAUUCAUGUUUUUCAAGAGAUUUACAGAACGAACUUCUUAACAAACCACUCAGACGUUUGCUCAAAGAUGACGCUGUUCCAACUUUAUUUCCUCACAACUCAGGAAAACAACCACAAAAGCGAAGAUCCAGCAUUCUAAGAGAGGAGACUGCAGUCAAACGAAAACUAUGUGAAGAUGCAAUCAUUCACAAUGAAGAAGUAGAACACUUGGAACUUGAGAUGAAUUCUAAAGCUACACAAGCUGACUUUACACCUGAAACAAAUUGUGUAUCUACUCAAACGGAAAAACAAAAGUAACGCAAAUAAAGUGAAUGUUGCAGUUCAAUGUGAUUAUAAGCCCAUUCAAGUUGCAGCUAAUAAUGACCUUGAUGUAUAGAGAAAAACAAAAAUAUAUGUUUUAAAAUGUUAUCAAAUAUAAGUAAUAAGUGUUAAAAAAUAAAGAAAUUUACAUUAACUAUGUCUCCUUUUCACCUAAAUAAACAAUUUCUUUGCUAGCACAAUGCUGCUUUUUAGCAGACUGCGUAAAUACAAGAAUAUUGAGUCUGAUAACAAAACUGAUGUUGAAAAGAACACAAUAAGGCAACGGAAAAAAAGCGUCCUGGAGAUAACAUUUGAUAGAAUCUUUAUAGUCGUAAACCAACUUAAAGGAUUUGUUAAAUUAUCAUUUAAUAACACGUGUCCGUUGUGAAUUGAAAGCAAGGAUUUGUAAGGAUUGCAAAGAUUCCCUCUCAAAACAACAGUAGCAGUUCGAGCUAAUAAUUAUGCAUGGAUCAAUAAAAAAAUAUCUCCAAGGUGAUACCGAUACGAAAUAAACCCGAAUGUGAAAAGUUCAUUUUUCUUUAGCCGAAAAUAAUUCUUUCUCAUACCACAUGUCAGUGGCAACACUUAGCAAUUAUUAGUUACUAGUCGAUAAAGACCCGUGGAGAAAUCCACUUAGGCAAUAGGACAUUGAAAAUGUUGGUUUGCUGUCGUCAGCAUUGCAAAUCCAAAAAAAAAAAAAAAAAAAUAUUUGGCGAAAUUUAGUUUAUUCGUUGCCUGUAACGUGUAGAGGUUGAAACGCUGAUCAAAAUAAUAUAGGAUCAUAACUUUUCUACGAACAACAAAAGACAUAAAAUGGUUUUAAAAUUUUGCUGACGUCAGCAAUGGCCCGUUAAAACGCAAAAAAAAAUUUUCAGAAAUUUAUAUCCCUGU